AUGCCUCCAGCCCUUCCAGAGGAGCACUGGCUGUAGCAACCCUGGAUUACAGCUCCCCAGCACCCUGGGAGGGGAGGAUGAGGACUUGUCACUGAGGGAGGGGGGAAGGAUCAUCCCAGAGGGAACGGAUGGAACGCUCUCCAACCUGCUCGGAACGGAACACGGUGCUUGGAAGUGACAGCAAGUGGGACCUCCUGGUGAAGAGGAGCAACCAGAGCACCCCCUGAUGAGUUUGAGUUGCCAGCUCUGGCCUGAGCAACUGUUGCCCAGAGCACUUUUUGACUUCUCAUAGUUGAGCGCAUUUAAAACGAGUCUGAAGACUUAUUUGGGGUGUGUGGGGGGGGGAAAGGUAAAGGGGAGAGCAACCCUUCAAGGUGGGUGGCAGGACUUUUCAGGGCCUCUUGUAUUUAUGUAAAGCUCCCAGAGGCUGAAUGGACUUACCUCCUUCUCCGAGUGAAUCCAGAUUUUAAACAAGUUUAUCUGUUACCAUUUCCACGUGUCCUGCUUGAACAGAGACCUCUCAGCAACCAGCACACCCAACUCUUGCUGCCCAUCUGACAUUGCACAGCCCAGAGGAUCUCCUUUAGCACUUCUGACCCUGUUCAUUGUUUUAUUUUUUGUAAGAGAGGAAUCUGUCGCUUUAUUGGUGGCGAGGGUGUUGUUUUUUCCCCUUGUGCUUGGACUUGGCCCCUCCCUCCCUUCCCAAAAUGAAGGGGUGCACCUGGGUGUUUGUGGCAACUUUACUCUGUCAGCAGUUUUGCCUCUUCAGGGUUUCAGCAGCAAAGAGAGAGAGGAAGGUGAAGAAAGAACCUAAUCAGUACACAGAGCCCUUCAACACCACCCUGUCCAACAGCGAGGAGCUGCACGGGCAUCCCAAGGUCCUGGAGUCUCCAGACCCCCGAAUCACAGACCCCCGGCGCACCUGGAUCUCCUUCGUGCACCGGCCGGACGACGGCAACACCUCCAAGAGGAGAUGCAAAGGGAAGGACAAGAAACUGCGUGGCCUCGUUGGGCCCCCAGGACCUCCUGGCCCUCAGGGACCUCCGGGAGCCCCUGGAGCUGAAGUGACCCGGGAAGUCCUUCUGCAGGAGUUCAAGGAGAUAUUAAAAGAAGCCAUCGAGCGUCGAGCAUCCCUGGCUAUCUCAGCCCAUCCCAGCCAGCUGCCUCCACUCCUGCUGUCCCUGGAGGAAGUGUCAUCCCACAGGCGUGUGGAGGAGGCUUUCCACUGCAAGCUGAAAGGACAGGUCACUGUGGAUAAGAAGACCCUGGUGGAGCUUCAGAAUUUCCAGUCGCCUGUGGCCAAGGGAGCUUUCCUGCGAGGGACGGGCCUGAACCUGGCCACGGGACGCUUCACAGCGCCCGUCUCGGGCAUCUACCAGUUCUCAGCCAACGUCCACGUCGACCACAGUGAGCUGAAGAGCAAAGUGCAGCUCCGAGCCAGGGACAACGUCCGGGUGUUGAUCUGCAUCGAGUCCCUGUGCCACAGAUACAC